CUGCCCUGCUCACCACUUGGAAAGGAAAGAUUGGGAGAGGAGGGGUGAAAGAAGAAAAAAGGGGGAGUAUCCAAUCUUCUCUGCCCUUCUGUGCUACUGCAGCCCCCCUUGCCCCUCCCUCUCUCUAUGAUUCUCUUUCUCUCUCUUUCCCCUUACUCAUCUGUUUCUGUGGCUGCGCUGAGAGGAAGGGCACCUGCCUCUCCCUGAUGAUUCAGCCUUUCAGCUACUUGGAGCUCCACAGACAAGACAGCAUGUCCCUCCUGCCACUGCAGUGCCUGGCUGUCCUGUCCUCUGCACUACAGCUACUGCAGCUGCAGCCGGCUCAUCACGUCAAUACCGCCUCUUCUGCCCAAGUGCUCAGCAAAUUUGACAAUUCUAUUUAUAGACUCAUGGUUGCGUUUCCUCUGAGAAAGCAUGAGUAAGGAACUCCUUUCCCUCAUGCGCAGAAGGUUGUCUACAUACCUCCCAGACUGUUAACAAGGUUCGACUCACUCUGAAGAGCAUUUUUGCCUCCCUCUGGAAUUCCAACUCUGACUUUGCAACCUCAUGAUGGAAAACAUACUCGAGGAGACUGGUGGCAAACAGCCACAGUGUGAUGCUCUGAGUUAAUAGUUGAGGUGUUCAGAGACCCUUCAUCCAGCAGUUGGUAAGGAUGACUGAGGGAAUGGAGGACUUCUCUGCUGGGCCAGCUCCCCCUCCUGGAUCGGCCUCCCCCACCAGUUCUACUGUUGAUCCUGAACAAGUCCCAGAGGAGAAACCAGAGGAGACAGAGGCAGCUGGUGAGAGUGGGGAGGAGGGUGCAGAGGGAACUGCAGAGGGAGGCGGUGGCGGUGAUGGGGAGCAUUUGGGGGCUCUGGGAAUUGUGGCCUUGCCAGGGACCUGCUGUGUGUGCAUAGAGAUGGAACAGAUUAACAAUUGCCUGCACUCUGAGAAAAUCUGCAUUCUGCCUAUCCUGGCCUGUCUGCUUAGCUUAGCCCUCUGCACAGCUGGCCUUAAAUGGGUCUUUGUGGAUAAGAUCUUUGAGUACGAACCACCCACACACUUAGAUCCUAAACGCAUUGGACAGGACCCAAUUGUUAUAUCAGUUGACCCCACGCUGGGGCUAACUGUGUCGAUUCCUCAUUCAUCUCCGUCUCCUGUCUCCUUGACCACCACCAUCGCCAUUACCCCAGGACAUCCUGACGUGUUAGUGGAAGAGAAAUCUACACGAGGGCCGUACGUGCCUCAGUCCCCACGAGUGACUCAGUCUGAUCCCUCUGUUACACUGAAAUACAACGCUGAGCGUUCCACCGUCCCAAAGCAGACUCCCCACCCUCAUACAACACAGGAGUUAAACGACAUCAUCAUCCCAACAACCUAUGUGACUGCAGUGAUUCCAGUUAAUCAUGCGGGGAGAUUUCUGCUGGUGCAGUGCAUCAUGGUUUGUCCUUGACAACACUUGACAGAAACACCAUCCACUGCAGUAGACCGCAAAUACAACCCCAGCUUUGCCCAAAGAGCCUGAACAGCAGAGAAGUGAAGCGGCCUGUUGGCUAAACUCCAGUACUGUGUCACUGCUCACUGGUUUAAUGUUUCUGAUCUACCAGCAAAAACUAAGCAGGGAACCCUGCAUUCCUCUCUGCACUCCAUCAGGCACGAUGAGGAUGAAAAUGGCGGCUGUGCUUUGAGCAGUGUAGCUGAAACCCCUCAGCCGUGGUAACUGUGGCACCUUUGAGAAACCCCACUGCACUGAGCAGACAGGCUUGUUUCUAAUGCAUCACUGAUUACGGAUUAAUAUUUCUACAGUCAACAGUAAUGGCGUUGUAUGUUUUGAAGUUCACAAAAAUAAUCAAAGUAAAUGCAAUCAAAUUUCUCUUGAAGCUGAGCUUGCACAUCAAAUGCCAUAUUUAUUUAUUACAGUCCCAGCAUCGAUUGAAACACUUUCAUUAAGAGUUCAUGUUUGAGAAAGACAUGAAUGGAAUGAAGGUUCUGAUUCAGCUUUCUUAGUGUUACAUAUCUUGCACCCUCAUCAUUCUUUCUUUUAUCAGGCACAGUUAUCUGAGGUAGCUGCUUGUUGCCGGGGGGUUACACCCAUGCUUGUUGCAGUGCUGAAAUGUGCUGUGUUAUACUGAGAUAAUGCCCCUACGUGUAGGCAAGAAGCC